AUGGGGAGCCAGCUGCAGGGGUGCAGCCACUGGGCGCUGCUGCCUGGAAUGCCUUUCCCAGGUUUCUACCUGGCUACCUCUCAUGACAUUCAGUUCUCUUUCAAUAUGUUUGACCACCCAAUUCCCCGGGUCUUCCAGAACCGCUUCUCCACGCAGUACCGCUGCUUCUCCGUGUCCAUGCUAGCAGGGCCUAAUGACAGGUCAGAUGUGGAGAAAGGAGGGAAGAUAAUCAUGCCGCCGUCUGCCCUUGAUCAACUCAGCCGACUUAACAUUACCUAUCCCAUGCUGUUCAAACUGACCAAUAAGAAUUCGGACCGCAUGACGCACUGUGGGGUGCUGGAGUUUGUGGCGGAUGAGGGCAUCUGCUACCUCCCCCACUGGAUGAUGCAGAAUUUGCUGUUGGAAGAAGGGGGCUUGGUUCAGGUGGAGAGUGUCAACCUUCAAGUGGCUACAUACUCGAAAUUUCAGCCUCAGAGUCCUGACUUCCUAGACAUCACCAAUCCCAAAGCAGUAUUAGAAAAUGCAUUGAGAAACUUUGCCUGUCUGACCACUGGGGAUGUGAUUGCCAUCAACUACAAUGAGAAGGUGAGAGGCUUGGCCAUGGGGAAUAUAGGGUCUUAAAAAAAUACCUUAGAGGCAAGUACUGAUGUGGACUUUGAUGCUCCCUUGGGCUACAAAGAACCUGAGAGACAAGUCCAGCAUGAGGAGUCAACAGAUAGCGAAGCGGACCAUGGCGGCUAUGCUGGGGAGCUGGGCUUCCGUGCCUUCUCCGGCUCCGGGAAUAGACUGGACGGAAAGAAGAAAGGGGUGGAGCCCAGCCCCUCCCCGAUCAAGCCCGGAGACAUUAAGAGAGGAAUUCCCAAUUAUGAAUUUAAACUUGGUAAAAUCACUUUCAUUAGGAAUUCACGUCCACAGGUCAAGAAGAUUGAAGAGGAUGAAGCUGGAGGCAGAUUCGUCGCAUUUUCUGGAGAAGGACAGUCAUUGCGUAAAAAGGGAAGAAAACCCUAA